UUUAUGGGAGCGGCACAUUAGCUGUAUGCGCUACAGUUUAAACAAUGGGGACUGAGCGAGUUAAAGCGGUAACAGAGUUACUUAUUGGACAUAAUAUAGAUGAGCUACACCGUAUAGUCCGCCAGAAGCGGUAUUUUUUUCACCCAAACUUCUUACUUUUCAGCGCUGAAGUGGAACAUAAAAAAGAUGAGCUACGUCACCUUGUGGGUGAAAGACAUCGAGACAUUAUUGAUGCAUCUGAUCGAAUACUACUGAUGAAAAACCUUACUUAUGAAGUUUCCGUCUUAUUAGACCAACUGAGGUCAUACUUGACAAAUUGGAGUCAAGACAUAGAAAUAAAAAAAGAGUAAGUUAUCCGUUUUUUAAUCGUAGUCCUUCCGUUGAAACACAAUCGCACGAAUUGUCAAAGGCUUCUCAACUGAAAUUGAUGCUGGACAUACCGGAAUUGAUUUGGAAUUAUAUGGAUUUGGGUCGACACUCUUCGUCUGCAAGAAUGUUUUUUCUUGGCAGAUAUCUGAGUGCCAGGCUUAGUUUCAGCCGCGAACAGCAGUUGUCACAUGUAAACGCAAGUGUUCUUGUCAGUCGAGCAUGGGACUCUUUGGUUCAUAUGGAAGCAGCUGUAAUUUCAGCAUGCCGUAAACGAUUAUCCGCUCCUCCGUCAACUAAAGAAGAAUUAUGCGAUUCUCUUGCUGCUCUGUCAAUGCUUGGUGACCUUUCCACACUACAGGCGCUCGAAGAAUUUUUCAAUGGCAGGAAAGUUGGAUUAUAUUGCCUUCUAGGUAGAGAUUAUUCACCACACAAUGAGAUACUAAGACGAAGACCUAAUUUUGUGCUAUCAGUUCGCAAACAGCUUUUACUGGUUAUUAGACAUAUGUUGUCAACUUUGGAGUAUCUGGAGUUUCUAUUUUUGUCGAAUACUAGCGGUGAGGCAUCUACCUGUAAAGGAGCUCUUGAUUCCCGGAUUAGAUGGUCUGUGGAUUGGACAUUCCAAGAUUCACCUAUCUUCUCCAGAGAUCGUCUUUAUACACGUUUACCGAGAGAUGUACUGAAUUUCAAACUGAAGGGUUUUAAAUUUUCAGACGAAUUUUCUAAUUUUAAACACGAUGAACAAUACAGCUUGCUGAUAAACUUACUGCGUAAAGCUUGGGAUGCUUGGCGAGCUGAUGCUAUUCAAAUAUGCCGACAAGUUCUGUCAGAAUCAUUAAGUCAUGUGUCUAGUUUUGAAACACUGGUUGAUCUCCGUACAACUGCACUAGUUCUUGUACAAAGACUACAAACCUUCAGUUCUAAAAAUGAUACAAAGAAAAGUGAUACAGGACCAAUCAAAUUUGAUAUUUGGAUGGAAUUACUGCGUGAUUUAUUCCUACAAAGAUUAGAGGUACUAUUCACGGAGAGUUUUGAGAAAAGUUUCAAUAAAUGGAUUGACCAAUUCGAUCAAAUGUUAAUCCGUGAUUCGAAAUUAAAGAGUGAGGAUAACUUAUCGAAAAUACUGUCGUUUAAAAAACCCUUUUUCAGCAGUCCCAUAGAAAAUAAUCAGUUUGACUGGGCUAAUUUCGUUUGGUCAGAUUGUCUAAGAGAUAUUAAUAUAAAUGAUUCGUCCGUUAUACCAGAUUUAUUUUCCUCAGAAAAGUCCAAAUCUGAAGAAACAUCAGCAUCAUCGGUCAGUGUCUGGAAUAGUAAAAUUAUUUCUCAUUUGGUAAAUUCGAAUAAUGUAGGCUUGGCUGUAUUUUGUUGUCUUUUACAUUCUCCAAUUCCGGAUUCAUUUGCUUUGAUUGAAAAUGAGCAUGAACAUGACUUCACAUCAUCAGCUCAACUGUUAGUCUUUUUGCAGCGAUUAGUUGAUGAAAAUGUUCAGUCACUACCUGGGGUAAUAAUAAAUGGAUAUACAGAUCUACAAAAAAAGCUUCAGGUUUUAUCACCUGAAUUGCUAGCAACUCUUUUCAUUGGUCAAUGGGAUUUGGAUGGUUUUAUGGAGAAAGAGUGA